AAGAUUACGUCCUUGGUCAGGAUGGUGUGUGUUCUCUGCAAUUGAAGUGCAUUGCGUUUCGUUUUGCAGUGGUGUCGUUUUAUUACAUUAUUUAAUGAUAGCGUUAGUCGUGAUCCCCCAAAGAUCUGUAUUCCAUAACACUGGAUUAGUACAGAAAAUAAGUUAGAGUCGGAUCUUUGUGUAAGGAGCGUACGUCCACUCGGCUCUUAAACGAUGCCAAGCAUCCUGAGGUGUUAAACUGUAACGUAAUCCACUGUAGUCGCCGAGAGACGGCAGGCGGGAGCGACUAAAACCACUAUGGCUUUUCAGCAGCUUGUUGACAUUGCAGAUAAAUGGUGUUCUAAUACACCCUUUGAGCUAAUAGCUACCGAGGAAACGGAGAGGCGCAUGGAUUUCUAUUCUGAUCCCGGUGUCUCUUUUUAUAUAUUAUGUCCUGACAACGGCAGCAGCGAACAGUUUCACGUGUGGAGCGAAAGUGAAGACUGCUUACCAUUUCUCCAGCUGGCACAGGAUUACCUCUCCUCUUGUGGCAAAAAGACACUUUUACAAAUCCUGGAAAAAGUGUUCAAGUCUUUCAGACCUUUGCUGGGGCUCCCUGAUACAGAUGAUGAUCCAUUUGAAGACUACCAUGCUGAUGUAGAAGAGGAGGAGGCAGAGGCAGAACACCAGCAGAUGGGCAUCAGUCAGCAAUAAACUAAACUCUUUACAAAAAGUACAAAGAAAAAAAUGACUGGAUUUGUAUAAAUGACAUUUGUUUCCUAAAUUCAUCCCUCCUCACCCCUUUUAUUGGGCUACUUUAAAGAGACUGACCUUGGUAGUAGUUUGCCAAUACUGGUUUAGCUGUAACUCGUUUGAUUAGGACUUGACUGGUGAGGUAAGGUGUCUGCAAGAAUUUAUAGGUUAAAGAAAUCAUGUUUUAAGAGUUGCUGUUAAAAGCUUGGUUAUGUUGGCUCUGAAAGUUUACUUUUGUUUAAAAAAUGUGCUUUUGGCGCUUGUUUUAAGCUUCAGGCAUUACAGGAAGGAAUUCAGUUUCUGUUUGGCAAGAAGUACUCCCAUUGUGAAAUUUUAAGUACUGAUGUAACUGCUGUAUAGGUCUAAUGCAUUUUGUGAAUGUUUAACUGUGGUGGCAAAGUGCAGUAAAAAGACUCUGCUGUAAACAGCUUAACUUUACAGCUUCUACAGGUUGGCAUUGUACGAGUUGUUGCCAUAUAAGUUGGAACAUUACAGUUACUGGGUCUUGUGUCUUAUGAGCAUAUUGUGCAGGUCUGCUUUGUCAACUUCAAAGAUAUGUACUGACUUCUGCCAUGCUUGUGCCACUUCAUUUUGUAAGGUUCCUAACAGUAGUGUACACUAAAGCAACCAGAGAAACAAAGUUACUUUAAACAUA